UAUAUGCAGGCAAAAAAAUCCGUUCCAUUUCUUUCUCUCAUAUGCGUCUUAUUAUAUUCAGUAAUGAGGUUGACCGUGUUACCGGAAAUAAAACCAGCGCCUGUGGAAUUCCAGCCAAGUUUCAUGUUUGCAUAGGAGCCACUCCCACUCCGAUUUCAAUGUUUCAAAUCACCUGAUAUUCUACAGUGAGUGUUCCACUUGAUUUGAAAGCAUCAAAAUGGCAGAACUUGUCUCUGACACUCAAAAUCCUUUAAAUUGCCCAAUCUGUCUAAAUCUGCUCAAGAACCCGGUGACUACAACUUGUGGGCACAGUUUCUGCAUGGACUGUAUAAAUGGGUGCUGGGAUCGAGAUGCUUCUUUGAGACAAGCUUACAGCUGCCCUACAUGCAGGGCAACAUUCGACCAAAGACCAGCUCUCAGCAAAAGCACUAUCCUGGCUGAAAUUGUAGAGGGAAUGAAACGGGGAGUUCCAGCUGGGCCUGGAGAUGUGAAGUGUGAUGUGUGUAAAGGAAGAAAACUCAAAGCCAUUAAGUCUUGUCUGUUUUGUAUGGCUUCAUACUGUCAAACUCACAUUCGGCCUCAUUACGAUUCUGAAGCUUUUAAAAAGCACAAGCUGGUAAAUGCUUCCUCAAAUCUACAGCAGCAGAUCUGCCCUCAACAUCAUAAAGCGCUGGAGAUUUACUGCUAUAAUGACCGGAAGUGUGUUUGUGUAGUUUGUAUGGGGGAUCAGCACAGUGGACAUCAAACUGUCUCAGCUGCAGCUGAAAUGGCUAAAAAACAGGAGGAACUAAAUAUAAAAAAGAGAUAUUUCACUCAGAAAAUCACUGACAUAGGCAAGAAGGUCCAGGAAUUUGGGAAGGCUGUGAAUUCUUAUAAGAGCUCUGCACAGGCAGCAGUGCAGCACAGUGACAGGAUCUUCAAUGAGCUCAUCCGCUCCAUUCAGAAAAGACGUGGUGAGGUGAGAGAACUGAUCAGAGCUCAGGAGAAGAAGGAGAUAGGACAGAUCAAUGAACACAUACAGAAACUGGAGCAGGAGAUCAGUAAUAUGAAACACGAGAAUGAUAAACUGGAGCCAAUUUUACAUGCAGAGGAUCACAUUAAUUUCUUCCAGAAUUACUGUUCUCAGUCUGGACUGUAUCUGUGCACAACUUCAGCCCGAGAUGUCAAUGACCUCCUGACAUUUAAGAAUGUAGAGGAAUCUGUCUCAGAGCUGAAAAAACAACUGGUCAAAGUCUGUGAUGAGCACAUGGGCAAAAUAUCAAAGAAAGUUGCUGAUGUCCAAAUUUUCAAAACUUCCAGGCUCCUACACAUGGAACCAGCUGUACCAGCUUUAUCUUCAUCUUCAUCUUCAUCUUCAUCUCCAUCAGAAAUUAAAUAUAAAGUUAGCUCUGGCUCAAGUGAUGAUGAAUUCUCAGAAUGAAGCCUACCUGGAUGUUUAAAAAAAAAAAAUAAAUAAAUAAAAAAAAAUAUAAAAAAAAAUAUAUAUAUAUAUAUAUAUAUAUAUAUAUUGUAAAAGAAUUUUAUCUAAAUAUAUUGUGUUGAAUGUGAAAGUAAGCCAAUAAAUUAUAUUUUUCCCACUGAAAAGCAAUACAAUUUUGACCUAUAAUGGCAUGACUGUGUGACAGAGAUGAUUGAUGCUUGAUUACCAUGGGUGUUUACAACAUUAAGUGCAUGUCUCCUGUGAAAUGAUUUUCCUGUCUAAAAUGUUUCUAUUUACAGUUGUUUUUAUGGGAUCACAUUAAAAGUAAUAAAUAAACAUAUAA